UUUAUACGACGCAACCCCGAAAAGCCGCCGCACACACCAGAGACAGAGAGGGAAAGGUAGCCCUAAUCUCAAGGCCGCGGCUGCGAGCGCUUCUUCCUCUCUCUCCUCCCCCCAGCAGCCGCCAUCCACCGAGCUCGUCGUAUCUCUCUCUCCGCCUCCUCUCCGCGUCGCGCUCCGGGCUUCGGGAUGGAGGCCGAGGCGGCGGCGAAGAGGGCGCGGGAGACCGGGGAGGACGCCAUCGCGGUGGGAGCAGGGGAAGAGGCGGCUCCCGGGGCCGGCGAGCAGGCGGGAAUCUCCGCCGUCAUCCCCGGCUGGUUCUCCGAGAUUAGCCCCAUGUGGCCUGGUGAGGCACACUCUUUGAAGGUGGAGAAGGUGCUGUUCCAAGGAAAGUCGGACUACCAAAAUGUGAUGGUUUUUCAGUCAUCAACCUAUGGCAAGGUGCUCGUCCUCGAUGGUGUGAUUCAGGUUACUGAGAGGGAUGAGUGUGCAUACCAAGAGAUGAUUACUCACCUUCCCCUUUGCUCAAUCAAAGAUCCCAAGAAGGUGUUAGUUAUUGGAGGGGGAGACGGCGGUGUUUUGCGUGAGGUUUCACGACAUUCCUCAGUGGAGCAAAUUGACAUUUGUGAAAUUGACAAGAUGGUGGUAGAUGUCUCCAAGCAAUUUUUCCCCCAUCUGGCUGUUGGAUUUGAAGAUCCUCGUGUAUCAUUACACAUUGGAGAUGGGGUUGCCUUUUUGAAAAAUGUUCCGGAGGGUACUUAUGAUGCAGUAAUUGUGGAUUCUUCUGAUCCGAUAGGUCCUGCUCAAGAGCUUUUUGAGAAACCUUUCUUCCAGUCGGUGGCCAGAGCUUUACGUCCAGGUGGAGUUGUGUGCACCCAGGCAGAGAGCAUAUGGCUACAUAUGCACAUCAUUGAAGAUAUUGUAGCAAAUUGUCGCCAAGUUUUUAAAGGCUCAGUUAACUAUGCUUGGACAACAGUACCUACAUACCCUAGCGGAGUGAUUGGGUUCAUGCUUUGCUCCACUGAGGGGCCCACCGUUGAUUUUCAGCACCCUGUUUUUAACAUUGAGGAUGAGCGUUCUACAAAAUCGAAAGGACUGCUGAAGUUCUACAACUCUGAGAUCCACUCGGCAUCAUUUUGUUUGCCAUCUUUUGCGAAGAGGGUCAUUGAGUCAAAGGCCAACUAGAUGCAAAGAGCUUGUCGAGUCCAAGGUCAGUUGGAUUGGAUUCCCUUAGACACUACACAAAAUUGGUUGUAGCGUCGUGAAGAGGGGAUGUGCCCCCUUUUUCCUUAAAUAAGCACUGGAGAUGCAAGCAGUUAUCGAAUCCGUGUGAUUCUGUUGUAUGCCUCAGCUGCCUAGUGCAGCUGUGAAAACGUUUUGUACUUGAUAGCUGUUUUCGACAGUUCUCAGAUCAUUCGUCAAGAUGAGUUUUGCACCA